UCGGCUGUGAUAGUCGUGUUUUGCAAACGAGUGGGAAACUGCAGUACUCACGGGACCAUUUUGCAGGCAUUAAUUGCCAAAUGCAGAAUGAGGGUACUGGCUUUCUAUGUGCUUUUGGUCUCUCGCCUGGUCAAGGACUCCUCAAUGAUAAUUAGGAAGCACUACAUUGCAGCAGUGGAGUUUAAUUGGGAUUACAGGAACAGCGAUCUCCUAUCAUGGCGUGGAGUUGGAAACGCGAGGCCACAAUUUACAUCCGGAACCUUUCCUCAGUAUAGGAAGGCAGUUUUUAUGGAAUUCAAAGAUUCUUCAUUUCUCAUACCAGAAGCAAAGCUGCCAUGGAUGGGGAUUCUUGGUCCCACAAUUCGAGCAGAAAUUAAUGACAAAGUUAUAAUCCACUUUAAGAAUCUAGCAUCACGGCCUUACAGCAUUCAUCCAUUUGGGAUUUCCUAUUGGAAGAUGUCGGAAGGAGCAUCAUAUAAUGACCAUACUUCCACAUAUGAAAAGAAAGAUGACAUUGUGGCACCCAAUGAUGAAUACAUCUACGUCUGGGAUAUAAAUUGGAAUCUUGGCCCAAUGAAUGAUGAUUCUAGCUGUCUCACCUAUGCCUACUCUUCACGUGUGGACCCUGUGAGGGAUUUCAACUCAGGUUUAAUUGGAGCAGUCCUUGUGUGUAAGCAAGGAACGCUAGAUCAACUUGGAAAGCAGAUUAAUCGACAAGAGUUUGUGCUUUUGUUCUCGACCAUUGAUGAAAGUAAAAGUAUGUACCUUGAAACAGAUAGAAUUAAAUAUAGGAUCCCUGGCACUCAGAAGACUAAAGGGCUGAUGUACACAAUCAAUGGCUACAUUAAUGGUUCCUUACCAGAUCUGAAUAUUUGCAAAAACAAACAUGUCAGUUGGCAUUUAAUAGCUAUGGGCUCCACACCAGACCAGUACUCCAUUUAUUUUGAUGGAUAUGGCCUUCUCCUGCAUGACCACAGAGUUGUCUCGGUUGAACUGGCUCCAACUGCAUUUGCAACAGCUGAGAUGGUUCCCAGUUAUGAGAAUAAGUGGUUAUUGAGCUGUCAAAAUCCAAACCAUCAACAAGCUGGGAUGAAAGCCUACUUUAAUAUAGAAGGAAUCUGUGAAGAUGACAAUAUGUCCAUUCAAAGAACGAUGGAAACAGAAAAGAUAGAGGAUGAUUCCAAUGAAACAUAUGAUGAUGAGGAAGGAAAAGAACAGGACUUUAAGCUGUCAAUUAAAUACAUGUUACGGACAACUGUUACCAAAAGUAGGUCAAUGGAAUGGAUUUAUUACAUUGCUGCUGAGGAGUGUGAUUGGGAUUAUGCUCCAACCAUUCCAGAUGAUGUGAGCAGAAAUUUAAGAGCAAAGUAUCUGGAAAAGGGGCCACACCGCAUAGGGAAGGAGUAUAAAAAGGCUGUUUAUGUCGAGUAUACUGACCAUACCUUCACAGUUGUAAAACAUAAAGCAGAUUCACGGUCAUCAAAAGGGAUUCUAGGCCCAGUUCUACGUGGAGAAGUUGGAGAUCGCUUUAAGAUCAUCUUUAAGAAUCUUGCCAGCAGACCAUAUAAUAUUAUUCCACAUGGACUGACAGAAAUAAAGAUAGCUGGAGGUCUCAAUGUAAGAAAUCAUGCCGUUCAACCCAAUAAAACAGUUACUUAUUUCUGGACUGUGGCCAAAAGUGAUGGACCCACCAGCUCUGAUUUGGGCUGCCUGACCCGAUUUUACUUCAGCAAUGUGGACAGGGAUCGUGAUAUAGCCUCAGGGCUCAUGGGACCUCUACUGAUCUGUGCAAAAAACAUGCUUGAUUCCCAUGCAAGACCGGUCAAGAUUGACAAAGCCAAAUAUCUUUACUUCUCCGUGUUCGACGAGAAUAAAAGUUGGUACAUAAAUGAAAAUAUUGAGAAAUACUGUGAAGACCCUUUGCAAGUGAACCCAGAUGAUCCUGAAUUCUAUGCUUCCAACUUAAUGCACAGUAUUAAUGGGUUUGUAUUUGAAAAUGUCCCCAAGUUGAAUUUUUGCUUGAAUGAAGUGAUUUUUUGGCAUGUAAUACUUGGUGCCCAAGAGAAGUUCCUUUCAAUCUACUUCCAUGGACAAACAUUUAAAUAUGAUGGGGUGUAUGAAGAUGUGUUAACUCUCUUCCCAUUUUCCAGUGAAACAAUCCAUAUGGACAUGGAUAACAUUGGUUUGUGGAUCCUGGAACCUCUCAAUCGUCAUUACCAAAUUCAGGGCAUGAGGGCAAAAUACAGUGUUCGUAACUGUGACAAUGAUCCAGAUAACUUCGAAGACUUUCUUAUAGAUGUUGAUUCAAAAGAAGAUGAUCCUGACCUGGCACGUGGAAGCAUACUUAAAGAUGAAAUAAGAAGAUUUGUUUUCAAACCACGUGGAUUCAAGGAACACAGCAAAAAUCUAACAGACUUUUACGAAGCAAUUGAUAUGGAGGAAAAAAUGAAUGGUACUGAUGAUAAACAAAAUAUGACUGGGAUAGAUCCAGUGUGGUCCCAUUGCAGGCAAGGGCAACAUCAUACCUUAGGGGGACAAUUAAGGAAGGUAAAGAAAGAAAUUCACUUUCUAAAUGAUGGGAUCGACAAACAUUUUUCCAAAUACCAUGAUGAUCUGAAUCAAACAAUUAGAAAGGACUUCUAUGAUACACCUGAAAUGAGCAAAAAUCAAAUCAUAAUAGAAUCUGAAAAGAUACGCAAUAACUCUUUAUUCUCCCAGCUCAGCAGUGGUAAUAAACACAGUAGAAAUGAGGAUAUUGAUGAGUUAGUUAAAGCAAAAUUCAGCACAGAUAACCUUAUUCGGUCAAACAGAAUGAGAGAGAUAACAUUAUAUGACCUUCUGAAAUCUAACCUGACCUCUGCUGGUAUUAAAGGAAAACUAGAUUUGCUGUAUGCAAAUCAGACUCAUAACAAGGAAGAUGAUUUAUCAAACAAACUGAAAUCCAAUGAAAGCCAGAAGCUGGUGGAUGGGGUUACCAUGGACAUCAACCCUCUCAAAGCAAAUAAAUUUGAACAGGUGUUUAGCAAUGAAACAGGGGGAAUGAAAUUCUGGGAAAAUGAAACAGUGGCAGAGUUUAUGGAGUCUGAAGAAAUAAGACCUAAUCAAACAUCAUUUGACAAGAACUCAACUACCGAGGCUGAAUUCAAUUCUAUACAGGAUGAGGAAAUGUUGCUUGAUUAUGAUGACUAUGAAGAAGAAGCCUACAGUGGAGCUGGUGAUAAAUCCAACUACAAAGGUAUCAAUUUCAGAGAAUUCUCUAAAAGUGAGCUAUGCCCAGAAGAGGUUCCAAGGCACAUCCUACGAACAUUCAGUUCGCAAUCUAAAUACUAUUACAUUGCUGCAGUAGAGGUGAUUUGGGAUUAUGAAGACAGUAAAACAGAUGAAGCUUCCGAGUACAGCUGGAGGCAGCAAUCACAGAGGCGAAAACUUGGCAGUAAAUUCAAGAAGGCAGUGUUUAUCCAAUAUAAGGACAGUAUGUUCAAAUAUCCCGUGACCCGUGGAGAAGAUGAAAAACACUUGGGCAUCCUCGGACCUGUCAUCAGUGCUGAGGUCAAUGAUAUCAUUGUGGUAAAGUUCAAGAACAUGGCCUCUAGACCUUUCUCUAUUCACACUCAUGGUGUGCCACGUGAAGUACCAGCUGAAUAUACAUAUGAGGAGGAAGAGUUAAAAGACUGGCCAAGAAAGGAAGAAGAUAUAGUUUAUCCAACUCAAACAAAGAACUACAUUUGGCGUGUAACAAAGGGAUCAGCACCCACUGAUAUGGACUUUGACUGCAGAGCCUGGUCAUAUUACUCAGAUGUCAACCCAGAACGAGACAUCCACACAGGUUUGAUUGGUCCUUUAAUCAUCUGUAAAAGAGGGACAUUGCACAAGAUCUCUUAUGGGAUAUCAAAGAUUCAGGAAUUCUCUUUGCUUUUCAUGACUUUUGAUGAAAACAAAAGCUGGUACUUGGAAGACAACAUCCGUAUGUUCUGCCAACCUCCAUGUUAUGUCAAACGAGAGAGCACUACAUUUCAAAACAGUAUUAAAUUUCAUGCAAUCAAUGGGCAUGUGGCAGAAACAUUGCCAGGUCUGGUAAUGGCACAGAACCAGUUAGUUCGUUGGUAUCUGAUAAGCAUUGUUGGAUCUGCUGAUAUCUAUAGUGUGCAUUUCCAUGGACAACCUUUUAUAAUGAGAAGAACCAAAGAGCAUAGGAUGGGAGUUUACACAUUACUUCCUGGCUCCUUUGGAACCAUUGAAAUGUUUCCAACCAAAGUGGGCUACUGGCUUUUGGACUGUGAGACGGCUGAACACCUGCAGGAAGGGAUGCGAGCCAUCUUCCUAGUCUACAACUCCAAUUGCAAAGAGCCCCUGGGCAUAGAAACCGGAAGAAUAGCAGAUUCACAGCUCACAGCUUCCGGCCACAUAGGGAAAUGGACACCUCAAUUAGCAAGGUUGCGCAACUCUGCAUUCAUCAAUGCGUGGCGGGGAAAAGGAAAACGACCUUGGAUUCAGGUUGAUUUAAAAAAGACAAUGUUAAUUCACGGGAUAAUUACCCAGGGAACACGCCACUAUUUUAGGCAUUUCUUUGUGGAUUAUUUCUAUAUCUCCUACAGUCUGGACACCUAUACCUGGAAAAAUUACAAAAGCAAUACCACUUUAGACACACAAAUAUUUAAAGGAAACGUUGACGGAACCGGACAAGUGAAGAAUUAUUUCAAUCCACCAAUCAUAGCUCAGUAUGUCAGGGUAUACCCAAAACCAAGUGGAGGACCUCUGGCACUACGAAUGGAGUUGCUAGGUUGCGAUGUGCAGAGUUGUUCUUUGCCACUUGGAAUGGAGAAUGGGGUAAUUAAAGAUCAUCAACUCAGUGCCUCCUCGUUCUGGGUUAGCUUGAGUGCCUGGACCCCAUCAUUAGCUCGCCUCAACCAAAAAGGGUUCACUAACGCAUGGGUCCCAAAGAGGAACAAUCCACAUGAAUGGUUCCAGAUUAACUUUCUACAGAGAAAAAAGAUUACAGGGAUUAUAACCCAAGGUGCCAGCUACCUGAAACAGCCUAUGUUUGUGAAGGAGUACAUUAUUUCAUACAGUGAUAAUUGUAACAGCUGGACUGUAAUUAAAGAUAGACAAAGCCUGAAAAAAAAGAUAUUUAAAGGAAACGUGGACAAUAAUAGCCAAGUUCAGAACACCUUUGAUCCUCCAGUAUUUGCUCAGUUUUUAAGAAUUAUUCCACAAACUUGGCAAAAAAAUAUUGCCCUACGUAUUGAAAUAUUGGGAUGUAAUACAGAGCAGAGAUUUUAAAGACAAAAAUAAAUAUAUUAAAAAGAUUUGAAUAAAAUGUAAUAAUCAAUAACUGAUCUUCAAGAUUGUCUCCUUCUUGUGUUUCAUGUCAUUGCAUAUUUUUAAAUGUGGCACUGUUGUCCAGUCUAUUGAUCACAUUCAUCUAUCUCUUUGAUACCAAAAAUUAUUAUGAAAUAUUCUUGUAGAUAGAGUAAAUGUUAAAG